AUGGAGAGAAUCCUAUUCCCACUUUUGAAGGGAUCGGCCUUCCUAUAUAUUGAUACACAGAACAAGGAAUUCUUCAUUCUUGAGCCUCGCAUUUCUUCCUAGAUAGCUAGCUACUAGUAGUUGUCCUCCGUACCCCAAGUAAACAAGAGAAAUUGAAGAUAUAUAUUUAUAUUUAUUUAUUUAUACCAUCAUUAUUGUAGAUAGAGGUUGUAUUAAUGGAGUCUGAAGAUCAGGUUCUGAGGUCGAGAAAGCAAGUAGCUAUGAAACCUAUCAGAACCAAGACAGAAAACGGAGAAGAUGGCCGUGAUCAAGACCAUCUUAAAAAACAACAUCAUGAUGAGGUGGUCGAAGAAGAGCCGUUGAGUCCAUCAGCUCGGUUGUUCCAUGAACCAAAUUUUAAUGUCUACAUCAUCGCCAUCAUGGGUAGCAAGACCAAAAUUCAGCUGGAUAUCGUUAAAGCCAACUUGGAGCACACUUUGCUUAAGCACCCUCGCUUCUCUAGUUUGCAGGUUGUGGAUGACAGAUCAGGAGAUAUGAAAUGGGUUCGAACGAAGGUGGAUUUAGAGAAGCACAUAAGAGUUCCUGAAGUGAAUCCAAACAUGGAGUCAGGCGAUCAGUUUGUUGAAGACUACGUCUUCAAUCUCAGCAAAACGACGAUCGACAAGUCCCAGCCGAUGUGGGACCUCCACCUCCUCAACGUGAAAACGUCAGAUUCAGAGGCUGUGGGUAUAUUCAGGAUCCACCACUCUCUAGGCGAUGGAACUUCUUUGAUAUCUCUUCUACUCGCAUGCACGCGAAAAAUAUCCGAUCCCGAGGCUUUGCCGACGGUUCCGGUGAAGAAGAAGAAGAAGCAAGAGACGAGUAACUCUUGGUUGCUGUGGCGGUGCUUGAUUGGGUUGUGGUGGGUUUGGCAGCUCCUCUGGCACACUGUCGUUGAUGUUUUCAUGUUUAUCAUAACGGCUUCCUUCUUGAAGGAUACCGAGACGCCUCUGAAGGGCCCGGAAGGGAUUGAGUCCAAUCCUCGAAGAAUUAUUCACCGGACGGUCAGUUUGGACGACUUUAAAUUAGUCAAGAGAGCCAUGAACACGACCAUCAAUGAUGUCGCUCUAGGAGUCACUCAGGCUGGUCUAUCUCGCUAUCUCAACAGAAAAUAUGGUGAGGGUAAGAAAGCCGAGGAGUCAACUGAGACCAAAAACAAUCUCCCAAAGAAUGUUCGUCUUAGAUCAACUUUGCUCAUAAACAUAAGAACCUCUGUAGGGAUUCAGGCUUUAGCUGAUAUGAUGGAGAAAGAUACUGAAGUCAAGUGGGGAAACUGGAUUGGCUAUGUCCUCCUCCCCUUCACCAUUGGAUUACGGGACGACCCAUUAGAUUAUGUUCGUGAAGCCAAGGCCACAAUUGAUCGAAAGAAGCACUCCUUCGAAGCUAUAUACACUUUCUCUAUUGCCGAGUUGGUUCUCAAAUUGUUUGGCAUUAAGCGGGCGAGUGGUCUAUCUCAUAGAAUCAUCUCCCACACUACAAUGUGCUUCUCCAAUCUAGUUGGACCCCUAGAAGAAAUUGGUUUUUAUGGACAUCCAAUGACUUACCUAGCUCCAAGUUCUUAUGGUCAACCGCACGCAUUGAUGAUCAACUUCCAAAGUUAUAUCAACAAGAUGACCAUUGUUCUAUCGGUUGAUGAAAGCAUAAUUCCUGAUCCUUACAAACUUUGUGACGAUGUAAUAGAUUCUCUUAAGCUCAUCAAGGAUGCCGUCAUAGCAAAAGGGCUCGUCAAGCAGGAAGAUCAGAACAGAAAUUAGGCCUAUCAUUUGAGAAUUAAUUUCUCAAAUUCCAACUUGAUAAUAAUAUAUGGAUUUUAACAAUAUUGUACUGUGUUCAUUACAAAAUUUGUUAGUGGUGACCUAUAUCUUUCAGAAGAAUUUUUUUUUUUUUUUAAAAAAAAAAAAAUUGCAGUCAAAGUUAGAACAUGAUUGUAGAUUAUGAUAGCGUAUUGUGUUACUUCUGAAUAAGAGCUCUUGCCACUUUCAAUUGUUUU